UGUAAACAGGUCCCAACCCGGGUCGAAUUCCAUAUCCAUGUAUAAUUCCGUGCACGUUGGAAAGUGCCUCAUAAGUUGACGAUAAACGAGUGUAUACAUAGAUCAAGCAGCUCGCGCUCGUUAUUCAUAUGUUGUACUUGUUGCGUUCUCACUGCCCUAUCCUCGUUGAGAACCUUUGUCGCGUGAAAUCGUAAGUUGUAUUUACUCAGCACUGUCAUUCAGCGAAAAUAAGAAUCAAAAAUAAAGAUUUAAAAAAAAAUUAGUAAAGGAUAAGAGGAAAAUGGACAGAAGGUCCACCAAGAUGAACGCGACUAAGACUGCCAGUGCCCACAGGACACAUCGGAGAAAAGUCGUUUAGUCUAUAUGCCUUCCCUUCGAACGCUACCUAGUGGGAGGUCGGUCUUCAUCUCCUCCAACAGAGUCCUACUCUACACAGACACCACCACCGAUGCUGCAUUCAGUACGUUGCAUCUUAUCGUCUUCGUGCCAGACGUCAGAGCGCUGGCCAACAGCGUUGGAGGCUGUAAGAGGUUACUGGAGACGCAGGUAAGUCAUUGUCUUGCCUGGCCAUAGACUGAUGGAGAGGCUGUUCUUGUGAGGUUGCUGUGACAGAAGAGAGGAUGCGGCCUGCGCAAGGUGACCGUCCGGUAUUGUUGUUAAUGGGAAAGUUGUCUAGGAGGCAUUGGUCGUCACACAGGAGAGAGAACACUUAGAUGGACAGACCACGGA